AGAGAAGGAGAAAACAUGGCAGUCGCCAUUACGGGAAAACGUCGAAAGUGCACAGUUUAAUCAAUUUCGGCUGUUCCGUUUAAAAUUUUCGGAUUGAAACCCGUCGCAAAAUGCGUCUUAUCGUGUGAAUUUCGGCGCACCGCGUCACGUUCAAUCGUUUGCCAUGAUCAUUUCAAUCAAAACUCAUUCCAUUCCAUAAAUUAUGCACAGUGAAAUAAUGAAUGCGAUCAAUAGAAAGAAAACUAUUCUAUUUUAUUCUGCGUGGAAUCCGUUAUCAACAUCAUAGUGAGAUCGGAAAGAAAAAUUUUAAACCAAGUGAAGUGAUUAGUGCGCUUAAAGAUUAAACUGAAAUUUGCUAAACAGUGAACGAACUAUCAUAUGCGUGGUGAAAGUGGAUAGACCCAUUUCCGAGACAAAGAAGGUGCGCGGGUCGAGCGAGCAGCUUUUUCCAUUCUGCCUAUCAUAACCACCGCCUACGCCACCACCAGUGCUACUAGUGAGACUGGAACGGGGGUCGACAGAGAGGAGAUUCGACAGGCACAAUCUUGCCGCUGCUGUCACCGAAGCCGUCGUUGUCGUAUCGGACAAACGGCCCAUAGGUUUACGGGCGAGUUUGGGGAAUAAAAAGUUUUGCUGCCAAAAUGAGCCGAAUGGCGCAGAAAAAAGAAGGCAAAAUGCGGAUUCGGGCUUUCCCGAUGACAAUGGACGAGAAGUAUGUUGAAUCCAUCUGGUCCCUGUUGAAGAAUGCUAUCCAGGAGAUUCAGAAAAAGAACAAUUCGGGCCUGUCGUUCGAGGAGUUGUACCGUAAUGCAUACACCAUGGUUCUUCACAAGCACGGCGAACGGCUGUACACAGGCCUCAAGGAUGUUGUUACGCAGCAUCUGGAGACCAAGGUCAGGGACGAGGUGCUACGCAGCUUCAAUUGCAACUUUUUGCAGACGCUCAACCAGUCGUGGAACGACCAUCAGACAUCGAUGGUAAUGAUUCGGGACAUUCUUAUGUACAUGGACCGGGUGUACGUGCAGCAGAACGAUGUGGACAAUGUUUAUAAUCUGGGACUUAUAAUUUUUCGUGAUCAGGUUGUACGAUACGGCCGAAUCCGGGAUCACAUGAGAGAAACUCUGCUAAAUAUGGUCAUGUGCGAGCGAAAGGGUGAAGCCAUUGAUCACAUUGCAAUCAAGAACGCUUGCCAAAUGUUGAUGGUCCUUGGGAUUAACAGUCGAUGGGUGUAUGAGGAGGAUUUUGAAAGGCCAUUCCUUACACAAUCAGCCGCCUUUUACAAACUGGAAUCGCAGAAGUUUCUUUCGGAAAACAGUGCCAGUGUGUAUAUCCGACGAGUAGAAGCACGCAUAACUGAAGAAGCCGAAAGGGCCAAACUGUAUCUAGACGAGAGCACGGAAUGUCGGAUUGUCGAGGUAGUAGAAGACGAGCUCAUCAAGAAACACAUGCGCACGAUAGUCGAAAUGGAAAACUCUGGUGUGGUAUACAUGCUGAAAAAUACCAAAACAGAGGAUUUGGCUUGCAUGUACAAGUUGUUCUCACGCGUAAAUGGUGGACUGAAAACGAUUGCCGAUUGCGUGUCGCAACACCUGCGCUCGAUGGGUAAAAAUCUGGUGAAAGAAGAAGACAGUGGAACGAAUCCGAUUACGUUCGUGCAAAAUUUGUUGGACUUGAAGGACCGAUUUGAUCAUUUCCUGCAUCACUCAUUCAACAAUGACAAAAUCUUCAAGAACAUGAUUUCGUCUGAUUUUGAGCAUUUCCUCAACUUGAACAGUAAAUCGCCGGAGUAUCUGUCACUGUUUAUAGACGACAAGUUGAAAAAGGGCUGCAAAGGGAUGUCUGAGCAAGAAAUUGAAACGAUAUUGGAUAAAACAAUGGUAUUAUUCAGAUAUUUGUUGGAAAAGGACGUGUUCGAACGAUACUACAAGGCGCAUCUAGCGAAGCGAUUGCUACUGAACAAAUCGGUCAGCGAUGAUUCGGAAAAGAAUAUGAUAUCCAAAUUAAAGACUGAAUGCGGUUGUCAAUUUACCUCAAAAUUGGAAGGCAUGUUCAAGGAUAUGUCGGUAUCUAACACGGUGAUGGAGGAAUUCAAGAACCAUAUCAGCAACGAUCCUUCCGCGCUGGAUGGUGUUGAACUGUCCGUUCGAAUCCUCACGACGGGCUUCUGGCCAACACAGUCUGCAACGCCAAAUUGCAAUAUUCCGCUAGCGCCUCGACGGGCGUUUGAAACAUUCAAACGUUUCUACUUGGCGAAACAUUCAGGACGGCAACUCACGUUACAACCACAACUCGGCACCGUUUAUAUGAACGCGGAAUUCUACGGAGUCAAAGCGGAAAAAGAAACUACAGAAGGUGGCUGUAGUAGUACUGCUGUCGUUGCCGGAUCAUCCGCUCCGACCAUGUCCCUCGGUGCUGCAAGAAAGCACGUCCUACAGCUCUCAACUUAUCAGAUGUGCGUUCUGAUGCUGUUCAACAAUCGUGAACGUUUGACGUACGACGAGAUACAACAGGAAACGGACAUACCAGGAAAGGAUCUGAUCCGAGCGUUGCAGUCAUUGUCGAUGGGUAAACAACAGCAGAGGUUGUUGGUGCGGACGCCCAAAUCAAAGGACAUUGAGCCGACGAAUGUGUUCUACGUGAAUGAUGCCUUUGUGUCUAAAUUCCACAAGGUUAAAAUUCAAACUGUAGCAGCCAAGGGUGAGUCAGAACCUGAGCGUAAAGAAACCCGCAGCAAAGUGGAUGAGGACCGGAAACAUGAGAUCGAAGCAGCGAUCGUGAGAAUAAUGAAAGCACGAAAGAAAAUGGCUCACAAUCUGCUGGUAUCGGAUGUGACCACACAGCUGAAGAGCAGAUUUAUGCCCUCUCCGGUGAUUAUCAAAAAGAGAAUAGAGGGAUUAAUCGAGCGUGAAUAUUUGGCGCGGACGCCCGAAGAUAGGAAGGUUUAUGUUUAUUUAGCUUAAAAUUGUCAACCCGAAAUGGCUUGCAAUUUGCGACACCAGCUGAAACGUGGUGUUGUGUCCUACAGGAUUCGAUUCACUCUCACACAAACAGACAUCAUUCUUCACACACACACUCACAUACAUGAAUCAGUCAUUCAUCUUAACGCAACUCAACACUCGGUAGCCAUGGUUUACAUUCAUCGAAUUAUCUCAUUCAAUUAGAAGUGCGUCAGAUGAAUAAAAAUAUAGAAAGUAGGGCUAACGAAACCGAGAAAGAUGUGUUAUCCGUUGAACUGUGACAAAAAUAUGAAGUUAACUUGGGGCGAGUUGAUCUAGGCCAUUAACAUGCCUAGAAAAUCGCCAUUAAAAGUCAGCAGCUUUGGAAAUAUGUCAUUGAAAAUUUGUAAAGUUUUCCUCAAAUAUAUGCUCAUUCAAACUAUUUUAGGAAGAUUGAAAUCAGUCCUCCCAAUGCUUCCUACAUAUUCUUUUUACAUUAUUGGAUCUUUGCCGUUACAAUUAGAAGUUGUGAUCCUUUGUUAUUUCUGUUUGAUUCAUUUUCCUGUACAGUACGAAUAAACAAAGAAUUUGUUUUCAGCAUUUAAUUCAUCUGUGUUGCUUGCGAUCUUUCAUAAUUAACAGUGUUUUGUUUUUUCCUUAUUGGCGCAAUGAGCAACUUUGCAAAAUAUGAGGAAAUGAAACAAUAAAUAGUUAAAUACUUAUGACGAAUUUUUGAAAAGCAAAUUAAACACAACCACUACUAGGAUGCUGCGAUAUAAAUCGAAAAAAUGAAGGGGAAGUUUUAACAAGAAAGAGAGGGAAACAUUUUUGAACAAGAUAUCUGCAAACUCUGAUGCGAAAUAAAGAUUGCAUAUUAUAUAGUAAUUAAAAUAAUUUAAUUAUUGAAUUUGAAAAUAUGAAAUGAAUAAAUAUAGAGAAUAGAGAGAUAAAAGUCGAAGCGUAAAA